AUGGAGCCGGAAGUUUUGAAUUUCGAGGAAAGUGCGUCCUCUCAGAGGAAGCAGCCUCCGAACCAUCACCCCCUGCGGGAAAAGGUCCGCCGUGGGGACCACAUCCUGCUUGUUUCGUUCGAGAAAGGAGCAUUUCGUGAAUCGCGUCGCCCUGAUCAGGUGAGAUUUUUGGGCGGUUUUGUUUUGGAGACUGUUGAAGAGCUCGAAGCCAACGUGUUGCAGAAAGAUUUCGCACGGAUGUUGGCCGAGUGGCAACAGUUCGUAACUUCUUUCAUGAGAAGGAAGGAUACUGCACAAAGCAAAGACGUUGAAACAAAAAACUUCUGUAAGUGGUCCGUGAGCAGAAGUUUUUUUGCUACGGAAGAGAAACUUCUAGGCAAAGCCAGCUUAACUGGUGGACAGAUGCAGAAGGUGACUACCUUGACAUCGCCAUCUUUGAUUGAUGCGGUUUCAGGAUGGUGUUACGAUCAUCUUGCAGCCGCAGGAGAGCAGAUCCGGUACCGGGAGUUUGCGACAAGACACAAAGCAAAGGCACAUAGAGUUCUCAUUGUUCCAGCAGCAGUAGGUCAGGAAGCUUUGGAGUUUCGCGGGAGGCAUGCCCGAAGUUUGAUCAGUCCUAAAUGCUUGACGUCGGCGCUCGGCAUCGUGGUGGAUUCUGUGAGGGCAGCUCCUGAGCCUGAGAGUGUUGCUGUUGCUGCAGGCAACAGCAACACAGGAGUUUCCCAGCGAGAGGAUGUUCCCGUGGACUUGCAUUUGUUCUAUGCAUGUGUAGCACAUCAUGUUCAAAACUUGCAAGACAUCCCCGACAUCAUGCAGAUGGUGGGCACCAUGCUGUUGCCCUCCAUGGGCUUGGAGCCGGCGAACGUGCCAGUUCCGAAAAGCAAAAAGACUUUUGCAAGGGACAUGAUCAAAUUGGAUUUGAUUCACACAUGGAGUAAUCGGAUCUUCAACAAAGCCGGGGAUCCACGGUGGCGGCGUGCCCGCUACCUGGGCAGCGACUCGUCGCCCCAAGGUGGCUACGAUUACUUCGCAGUUACUGAGGACGUUUUGGAAAGGAGUCCCGCCUUGGACUUCCUGUCGGUGCCUGAGGAACAGUUCGAUGCUUUUGGAGGUUUCACCUGGCACAGGCGAACGUUGCCCCUCACGGCCUUGGCACGUGGGCACGGCUCGGCAUCAAUGAAAUUCUGUCGUCUGCUUCAUGUUCUGCACCAGGAACAGGGUGCAGAAAACAUAGACAUGUAUCGGAGUGAAGUCAAAGGCUACUUGAGCGAUCAGGGAACGGAGAAGCAUCUGUUCGGUUUUCCGUAUGAGAAAAAUGCAACCCUGAACAGCCUUGCUCGCGGCCUGCUGUCCGGAGACGUGCAGCUGGAUGAGGUGGGCAACACUGCUUUUUUGCACAAUGCUUACGGCAUUCCCGGAGUAAUGCACAUUCUUUUCAAUGCCCUUGAAUCAGCUCUCAAAACUUCCCCCGAGACGGAGCUGAGGGCUGCGGGCAGGGUUUUUUCGCAGAAGUCUUAUGUAGAUCUUGUGCUUCAAUUCACACCUGGCCUGUCAGCAGCAGACCAAGAGCUCAUACGUGGGCUGGAUGUUGCAGUGCUCGAUUGGAGAUGGGAAAGCAUCGAGUAUUGUGCAAAGUACUGGAAGCAAGUGAUUCGUGCUGCUUUGGGCAGCACGAAGAACCGGGCAAUGACCUUGUGGACAAGCGUUCUCUCCGGAGCUGCAAUCCCGUUCGAGAACGGCAAAGAGGCUGUUGGACCCUCAAACGGGUCCGUCAGCAACGGGGUCCUUGCGUGCGUGGAAAGGAGUGUUAGUGAUUUGAACAAUGAGUUGCUGAAGUUUGACCAAGAUCUGGCAAAUGAGAUUCUGCGGACAGAUGGUCUAGUGCGACAGAACUUGGAAGCGGAAUAUGCUGCAGCUGCCGAGGCCGGACAUCACUGGUGGUCGCACACUGAGGUCGCUGCGACAAUUUCCACGGGCUUCGUGGAAAUCCAGGAGCGAGCGUGGUGCCCCAUGGCAGAGCGGUUCUUAGAGUCGCAACAUCGAGGCAUCAAGUGGGCUUUUCGCCGAGGCUUCACUAAGGCGAAGCCUGCCGUAACCUGUGCACGGCUUCGUCGGAAUCAGGUCCUGCAAAUGGUGACCAGCGACGGUGACCGAAGGUUGCAUGUGAUGCAGCAAUGGGCGAGGAGAUCAUCGUUUCAGGACCUGUUGUGCCACGUUUUGAGUCCGACCGAAAUAGCGGGAAUGAGCGAAGCUAAGCGGUUGUCGCGUGUUUACUGCUACAGCUUGGCUGAUCAUUUCCACGACGUCGACGACAUGGAGGUGGCCGCUGAAGCCUUCAAGGCUGCUGCUGCAGCAGCCAUCACCAACCAAGCGGCGAGUGGGCCAGUCCUGAAGCCCGGCCACAGGCAGCGGGUGAGUUUUCUGAAGCAGCAGCUCAGCAACGGCACCCUAUGUUCCUUCCCCCGAAGUAUCUUCGAACUACUUUCAGCAGAUGAUGAGCCGGAGGAGGAGGACAAGGAAGGUGAUGAUGCUGAAGAUGACGUAGAUGAUGACCUCCUGUCUGAGGCUCUUGGUGACGAAGAAUUCGGACUCCCGGACUUGGUCCCCGGAGGAACGGUUUACUGUCAGGUCAUCGAUGCCCGACCCGAAAAUCGUGCGUCUGUGAAGCAGGGUCUCGCUGAGGACAAAGGCAGAAACGGGAUGCUGGUGCAGAUCUUCUCGGACGUUCGCCCGAUCACGAAUGUAGACGGUGUUUGCAAUCGUGUUGAGGUGUGUGGGUCUGGGUCGUCUGUGACUAUGCUGAAUCUGUCGCGAGCCUGCACACGUGACCUCGUGUUGUCGAUGUUUCAGCAGGUUUGUGUCUGGUCUGCUGAGUCUGCGGGCAUGCGGUUAGAGAUUCAGAGCGGGCCUGCCGGGCCUGAGGAAGACCUCUUCCCUGCCCUACCAGACAUCAAUGCAGGCGAUGAAUUGGUGGAUGAUGACAUGAAGCUGGAUGUUUUCGUGCAGCAAGUAGUAGAGAACUCCUUGGUAGCACAGGCAGACAUUUUGUCAGAGAGGCAGGCAGGCAAGGGGUUGUCAGUGGGCAGUGCCGCCGCUUAUCUCUCCCAAGAGGAGCGGCAGGUGGCGGAUGCCCUCGUGAAUGCCGGUGCUCUGGGGUCGACCGAGAUCUCUUUGUCUAGGCUGUCAGCAGAGCACAACGUGGCGAUGAGCCACGUGCUGCGCCUCUGCGAAAGGGGCUUGAUUGCGGUCCGCUUUGACGACUUCGGGGAUGCCCAGGUCGCCUUGGUGGCUCCGUUUUUGCUGCAGCCCAAAACCUUCUGGGGCGACCCCCUGCCUUUGAGCCAUGCAAGAGUGGAGCUCCUCAACAGGUCCCGAAAGAAGGGUACCAACAAACUUGAGUUUGUGAGGGCUCUUGUGCGAAGUGGAUGGCGCUGGCUCAAUCCUGGGCAGGACACCCCUGAGCAGAUUUCAUCUGAUGAUGUUCCCGGGUGUUUGCCGAAGAAUGUGUUGACUCUUACCGAGUCGCAUCUGAAGGCUUUGUUCCUAGCACCAUGGAUUUUUCAGAAGCCGGGGAAGUUGCCACGAAUGUUUCACGAGCAGAAGCAGGCGUACUAUGAGUAUUUGCUGGCUGCUGCGGAUUUGGGUAGCAUCGCUCACAUGUCGCAGAGCGACAUCACAGCCUUUUUCAGCAAGGACAAAGCAGCCGGAUGGCGAGUCCGGGGUCUUGCUCAGAGGCUGCGGGACGAAUCUGAUGUGAGUGGUGAUGAAGGUGAGCAGAGGCCUGUUUUAGAGGACCUUAAAGCCUUUGUAAUGUCGGAGGCCAUUGAGGCCAACGAGCCUUCGGCUUUGCAUCCCGACCUUCGCCAGGCCCCUGUGCAAUCCAGAGUUCCGGGCCUUGACUGUAAAAUUUACUUUCACAACUUCAGCCAUGAGUCGGGCAAGUUGCGGGCCUUCUGCCAGUGCCCGUAUCACCGUGACAAGAGAUGCAGGUUGUACUUGUUUGUGGAGCAUUUGGGCCGCUCAGAGACGGUGGCGAAGCUGCUGGCUUGGGCGAGUAUGGAAGCAGCCUCUGUAGAGGAACAUCUCAGGUUGCGGCCGACACAGGCCCAGAUUGAUUGCAUGCUGCACUUGCAGAGCAUCUAA